AUGGCAAACGACUCGGUCCUGUCGGCCCUGUCGACCCUCAUUCGACAUCCUUUUGUCGAAACUUUUACCUGGUUCUACAUGGCCCUCCAGACCGUGCUCACCUGGAUCUUCUCUCCGAUCCCCCUCCUCCAACGGCCCAAAAUGAAAACAUCCCUCGCAAGAGAGUUGCAGUCAUUGGUGCUGGCAAACAAAGAACAGGGCCUGGGUGGUAUCUGGAGUAGAGUCAACUCCACCUCCGCAUUGCAGGUCCACAGUCUCAUGUACCGCUUCCAUCCAUCAGUCAGCUUCAAUACUGCCUAUCCCACGCAGCAACAGAUCAAAGAACAAAUUGUUGGCCUAUGGAAGCGCUACAAUUUGGAAGAUCGCACUGUUUUCGAUACAAAGAUUACCUCGGUGAAGCAAAACAACAAUGGGAAGUGGAUUAUCAACGAUGAUGAAGAGCAGUACGGCCUCUUUGAUGGCGUUUUGGCUACGGUGGGUGUGUGCGGCGACCCCAAGAUGCCGCCUCUGCCAAACCAAGACAAGUUCAAGGGCGAGAUCUAUCACUCCUCUGAGCUGGACGGCAAGGAUGCUAAAGGCAAGAAGGUUCUGAUUGUGGGUGGUGGCGCCAGCGCAAUUGAAGCCCUAGAGUUUGCCGUCAAAAAUGGUGCUGCCGAGAUCGAUGUCCUCUCCAGGUCAGACAAAUGGAUCAUUCCUCGAAAUGUCCUUGUGCAGUCUUUAUUGGCUUGCAAUAUCUUUGGCCAGGAAACCGCGCUUUCAUGGAUCCCCGAAGGUCUGCUACGCAAGUUCUUCUACCGCGACCUCCAGGAUAUUGCGCCGACGGACAAGGGUGUUUUCACACAAACACCGAUGGCCAAUGACGAGUUAUUCAACCAGAUCCGUGAGGGCAAGGCCCACUGGUUGCGAGGUGAUAUUGUCUCACUGGAAGAGAAGGGUGUUUCGUUCAACUUCCGAUCCAAGGGAGUUCCAAAGGGAGGACCUGGCCAGGAGCGACUGGUGGAAGGAGACAUCAUCGUCAUGGCGACUGGCUUCAAGCGACCUUCGUUAUCCUUCUUGCCCGACGAGGUGUUCGAGGAACCGUACGGUCCGCCUAGUUGGUACCUGCAGGUCUUCCCUCCCAAAUACCCUGACAUCUGCGCCAACAACAGCACUUAUGUCGAUGCUAUUGGUACUGUUGGUAACAUGCAUAUUGGAAUCUAUACCCGGUUCUUGCUCAUGUUCCUUACCGACCCGUUGACACGCCCCACUGAACAAAGAAUGAAGACAUGGAUUGAUUUCACAAGGUUCAUGAAGCGCCUGAGUCCUACGGGAGCAUUCGACUUCUUUACCUAUGCCGAGCUGAUCUACUGGUACAUGUUCGUUUUGGUUGUCAACCCCUUCCGCUGGAAGUGGGCGUUGUUCGUCUUCUUCGGCAUUGGGCGUGGCUUACCCUUGAUGGUCGUCGAGCAAGAGAAUGCAUUCCGCAGAGAAUUGAAGAAGGAACGCAAGGCUCACAAGACAGAAAAGUCCAAGGCCAACAAGGCCAACAGGGCCAAUAAUGCGGACAAGGCCAACAACGCGGACAAGGCCAACAACGCGGACAAGUCUACCAAAUCUGAUUAA